AGUAGGCUAAUCAACCAACUUUCCUGCAAGCUGUUUGUAGUGGGGUAUCCUGUUUGGAGAAUUCUGCCACAGGAAGACUACAGUAGUCAAUCUCUGGAUAGUGUUCUUUUUUAUUUUAAAAAUAUAAUUUAAUUAUUUAGAUUUAUUAUUGGUACUUUAACAGCACAUGCUCUGAUUACAAAUUACAUUUUAAGACACAUUAGUCUCUUUUAGUAGGAAUUAUAACUUUAAAUUCAAAGUUAAAUAUUACAGUGAAACAUGUGCUUCCAACAAAUGAAACGGAAAUGCUCAGAGCUUUAUAUGACUUCGAAUCCACUAUACCUCAGACAAUCAAUUUCUCGAAAGGCGACUUUUUCGUUCUUCAUCCUAGUAUAAACAAGCAACGCAACUGGUGGCAUGUCAUCAGUGUCACGGGCCAAGUGGGAUAUGUGCCUAACAAUUACGUUCAGACUGUAGAGGUCGGCUCAAGAUGUGUUCUGGAUUUUUUAACCAAGUGUAUAAAGGCGUUAGAUAAAGAUAACCAAGCCAACAGUAGCUCUCGGAGGCAGGAAUUGAUUAAUGAGUUGAAGAAGAGACGGCACUUCCUCGCAAUGCGGAUUGCCCCCCGGGACUCCAGGUCCCCCAUACCUCCGCAGAGAGUGUCGUCCAGCCCCUCCACCCCCCGCUGCAGCUCCGCCCUGGCCUUCGCUUCCAAUACUGCCAACAGCUCCGACAUAUUCUCUAAUCUUGGAAAGAAUGCAACGCUACCAAAGAGCAAGAAGCAGAAUGCACCGAAAAAGCCUGUAAGGUCAGCCACGUCAGAUACGAACAGUCUGACUUGCACAAACACGCCCGAGCCAGGUGACGAUCUUCCCAGCAUGCCCAACGGACGAGUUUCAAGUCAUGGGGACGACCUUGGGCCUGAAUCUGUCUACAACCUUGUGCAGGAGGUACGCAAAGCAACGCACCUGAACUACGAGCUGUCCAAGGUGGCUAUCACGGUGGUUCUACGGGGUCUCCAAGAGUUGGUACCCCCUCACUCCACCCCCUCUCUGCUCAGCGUGCAGUCACUGCUGUCCGGCGACCUGAGCAUGCCGGCACGCAUCCUCGACAAGACCCACGAUGCUCAGCGACUGCGGCUCGUCCUGCAGGAGCUGGUCAGCUGUAAGGAAGACGCCCAGCAGCGCUCUUGGGAACUGUACGAAGAUGAGGCUGUCAUAUCUGAAUACCUACAUGAACUCAUCUCCAUUCUGGAGAAUGCCGACCCUGUGAUAUGUCGGAGAGUGUUGUCUCAGAAUGGGUACGAGGAGAUCUGUACACUGCUGCAGUCUCAGAAUGGGUACGAGGAGAUCUGUACACUGCUGCAGUAUUACCAGAUGGAAGUGCGCUGGCCUAUCCGGCAGCUACUGAUCAAAAGCCUCUGUGUCAUGUGUGCUGUUCAUCCCCCCGUCAUCUCCAUCCUGCUCAACUCUGUCCUGCCCAUGGAACUGGCCAGGGACAUGAUGAGUAACACUCGUAACAUCAGCAGACUUACCAACUCAUCGGCUCUACUGACCAGGAUAUUCUCGACAGGCGAGAGCAUGCCGGUAACUCACCUGGAACAUGUGGGCAGCGAGUUUGUCACGUUCCUCCUGGCCUUCAUCGAGGAACCGCCAGAGACUGACUCUGCCGAUGUUAUCCCUGACACGUUCCUGCGCGUUGUACUCGCGUACAACCUGCAGUUCCCUCCCCACUCCUCCCACAACCUCGUGUUGGAGGCGCUGGCUCGCCGUAACAACGCCAAAGUCUUCACCGAAAAGAUCCUCCUCAUACUCAACAGAGAAGAUGAUCCUCUCAGAGCAUAUUCGUCGACUUCGGGUGGCAAGUCUAUUUUCAAGAUGUUCUACGAUCUGUUCAGUUUCGACAAGACAGCAGCUCUAGUCUACACCAAUGACAUCAAAGUCCUCAUCGACAUGAUCGUCAGGCAGCUCACAGACCUGUCUCCUGGAGACGCGCGGCGGUCUGAGUAUCUCAAGUUGUGUCGGAUGGUCCUCCGCAACAGCAACUACUACGAACACAAACAUCGGAUCUCGGACCUGCAGAAGUGCUUCACUCGGAUAUUCUGUGAGGAUACACUCUCGUCGCACAACGAUCAGGCGCUGGUGCGUGACAUCUCAAACGAGUUCCCGCAAUACUUCAAAGGCUAACUCCAGCGAACUCACGAGGUAUGGAGUCUGUAACGGCAGUUUGUCCCUGUUUACCAAUAAUCGUCUAGUCGCUUUAUAACUUAUUAUAGUUUAAAUCUGCAAUAGGUUCUAUGAAUCGUUACAAAGAUUUAUGCAAUAAAAUGUAUACUUAUAUGGCAGUGCUUAAUUGAAAAUCAUUUGUGUUCAUUUUGUGUACAUUCCACGAUGUCUGUUGUAAUGCUGUUAUACGUUGAAUCCGUUUGUUUACGAUUAAAAUGGCAAUGUUCCUUAUUUAUUUUUACAAAAAUUUGUAAUGAUUUUUUUAUUGAUUUCAACAAAGAUCUGAUUUGUUUUAAUUUUAGAUUUAUUUUUCCGUCUAUUUUGUAUACAAAGUAUGUUUAUUUACAAUGAUUUUUUUUGUUAUUUAAUAUAACAGUUUAUCGCAAUAAUUGUUUUAUAACUGUGCCAAAUUUUCAACUUUUCUUCCAUACCAAUGUAUAGUGUCAAAUAUAUUACUAGAUUAAUAGUAAUUCCCAAUUUUAUGUACCGUAUUUGCCUUUAAGAUUAUAUACACAUAUAUUGUAGUUACCUAAUUCAAUACAAAUUAUAUUGAAGUUGUCUGUGUA